CAGCUUCCGUUCUGACUCUACGCACGCUUUCCUUCCGCGGCUUUGUCAAACGAACAGCUAGCAUAUAGGCUUUCUGCAACUAAAGACAAAAUGAGCAAAGCACAUCCACCAGAGUUGAAGAAGUUUAUGGACAAGAAGCUUUCCUUGAAGCUGAACGGAGGGAGGCAUGUGCAGGGCAUCCUACGAGGGUUCGACCCCUUCAUGAACCUGGUGGUGGACGACUGUCUGGAGAUGGGUCCGGGCGGACAGCAGAACACCAUCGGCAUGGUGGUUAUCAGAGGAAACAGCAUCAUCAUGUUGGAGGCUUUAGAGAGAGUAUGAGAAGAGAGGAGGAUGGUGGAAAGAAUGAGCUACAGUUUUAUCUUUUGUUCUUUUUUACAUUUUUGUUCUACAGGCUCAGCAGUUGAGUGAUGGCGAAUUUCUCUUCAUUUUGGUAUUUUGUGAUUUAAUGGGAAUAAAUAACAAUUUCUUUAUUUUUA